UUCCCUCUCUCAGUUCCCCGAAGAACUUUCUUCCCUGUACCUUCUUCUGUUAAUGCUCUCGCUUCCAUCUUCUCCAAAAAUCCAGACUAGACGCCAUUGUUGUUCCUCUGCCCUUCAUCAACCUCCAUUGAUUCCUCUAAUUUUCUCAAGGAAAGAAGAGUUUCGAGGUCUGCUUUUAAUGGAGUUUCAAUUUGCCUUCUUUAUGCAACGAGAAAAAACUCGGAGUCCGAGUUUCAUUUGGUGAUGGAGAUUUGAGAGCCGUGAGGUUGUCGGUUGGUUAGCGGCUAUUACUUUCUUUAAUGGAGAAGCGCGGUGGCGUCAGGGCGGAGAUUGAUACUUCGGCGCCGUUCGAGUCGGUGAAAGAGGCUGUCAGUAGGUUUGGCGGAAGCGGCUUUUGGAAACUCUCCAACAGUAAUGGUCACAGUCACAGCCAUCUAUCUGAACCUGAGCAUGAUAAGAACGCGAUCGAGGUUGACGUUGCAAUACUUGAAAAGAAGGCAAUGGACAUGAAGAGUGAAUUGAUUGUCAAAGAAAGGAAGAUACUUGAAAAGAAGGCAAUGGACAUGAAGAGUGAAUUGAUUGUCAAAGAAAGGAAGAUCCUGGAAGUCUUAAAAGAACUGGAAGCAAACAGGAGGAAUGUAGAAGAUUUGAAAUUUAAGCUGCAGAAAGAAACAGCUGAAGUCAGCAUGAUUCGGGAAACGAAGAGAGAUGAUAUGAAUGCAGCUUCUCCUGAAGAAGCAGAUAAGGAAAACCACAUGAAUCUCGACAGCCGAGGUCGGAAUGUGCAAGUCUCCCCUCCAGCACCUGGUGUAAUUCUUAAGGAACUGGAACGGGCAAAGUUAAAUCUUACCAGGACCACGAGCGAUAUUGCUGAUAUACGAGCUUCUGUUGAAUCUUUUAACAGGAAACUAGAGAAAGAAAGAACUGGACUUGAGAAAACUCGAGAGAGGUUAGCCCAGAAUUCGUCUAAUAUAUUGGCGCUCGAGGAAGAGCUAAACCAAACAAAACUGAAGUUACAAGUGGUAAAAGAUGCUGAGGCCAAAGGUUUUCCAGAUAACCCUUUAGAGAUGUCCAAGGAGCUGCAACAAUUAAGUUAUGAGGCAGAAAAGUUCAAGAAAACGAGGGAAGCGAUUGGACUCGAAGUUUCAAGAAGAGAAUCCGAGAUUGAACAGAACAAGGCCGUGCUAAGAACAGCUCAAGUCAAAUUGGUUGCUGCCAGAAAAAUGAAGGAAGCUGCUAGAGCAGCAGAAGCUAUUGCUCUAUCUGAGAUCAUGAUUUUGACAAAGCAUAAGAAUGCAUCUAGCGAUGUUUCACAAAUUCAUGGCAGCGAAAGUGUAACGCUUUCGUCGGAGGAAUAUUCUACUCUUACUCGUAAAGCUUGUGAAGCUAAAGAACGAUGUACGAAGAGAGUUAUCGACAUCAUGCAACAAGUUGAUGCUGCAAACACGUUAAAAAUGGAGAUCUUGAAUCAGGCAGAGAAUGCUUCUGAAGAACUCGAAACAAGUAAACGGGCAUUGGAAGCAGCUCUGAGCAGGGUGGAUGCUGCAAAUCAGGGAAAGCUAGCAGUCGAAGAAGCGCUUUGCAAGUGGAGGUCGGAGCACGACCGUAACAGGCGUACCAUUCAAAGCUCUACCAAGUUUAAGAAUCCUUGCACUUCUCACUAUAAAAAGGAUUCUCGGCUACUUGACAUAAAUGGAGUGAAUAUGGUCAGUGAUGGACCAACGCCUGUUUUGAAGCCAACCCUUUCGAUAGGGCAGAUACUAAGCAGGAAGCUACUACCUCCUGAACAAUUUGAAUCGGUCACGCUACCGGAGAAAAGCUCGGUUGGAAGAAAGAUGUCACUUGGUCAGAUGCUCAGCAAACAAAAUGAUGAGGUAUCCUUUAUAAAGAUGGCUGAAAAAGAUGGUAGCCAGAAGCUUACUUUUGGAAGAAGAAAGAAGUCGGGAGUCGCUCGGUUUACUCUGCUGUUGGCGAAACGAAACAAGAAGAAGAAGAAGAAACCUGCAGUGUUUAGGAAAUAACCUGUUACUGUUAGCUUAGCUUUAACUUUGAUCUCUUUAUCAUUCAUAUUUUAGGCUGGCUUCUUAGUGCUUUCUUUUGUAUCUUCCCUCCCCUUGUUAGAAUCUUUACUUUAGGAUGAUGUUUAUAUUUUGCAUAGUUUCUAGAUUAGCUUUGCCUUAUACAUUUUGUCUUUUUUUUUUU